AAGCACCACCUCUCGCCCCACAAAAGCCACCAACCCAAGAGCUUUUUUCAAAGUCUCCCACAAUGCUUCUUCUCAUCCUUUCUUCUCUCCUCUUCCUCUUCUUCCUCAUCAAGUUUUCCAAGAGGAGUUCAAAGCUGAAGCAUCUCCCACCCGGGCCGAAAAAACUGCCGCUCAUCGGGAAUUUGCACCAAAUGAUCGGCGCACUACCUCACCAUCGCCUGAGAGACCUUGCCAAAACAUAUGGACCCAUUUUCCAUCUUCAACUUGGCCAGAUCUCGCUCGUGGCUAUUUCUAGUCCCGACUUAGCCGAAGAAGUUUUCAAGACCCAGGAGCUCGCGUUCGCACAGCGACCAUCAUUCUCAUAUACAGAGAUGAGCAUUUUCCCGAGUCCAAUCUUCUAUCCAUACGGAGAAGAGUGGAGACAAUUGCGCAAGAUUUACGUUACGGAAUUCCUCAGCAGUCAGCGUGUUCGAUCUUUCAAAUCAAUAAGAGAAGAGGAAACGAGUAGUCUCAUCGACUACAUACGCUCAUUGUCCAGUUCGCCUUUCGAUCUCAGCAAUAAGAUCCAUGCUUUCACAAAUAGCAUAGUCUCCAAGGCAGCCAUCGGCCAGAACUGCAAACAACAAGAGGAAUUCAUUUCGGCAGUCGAAGAGGCGAUAACUUUUACCGGGGGCUUUAGCGUGGCGGAUGUUUUCCCCUCUCUCAAAUUUCUACCGGACAUGACCGGAAUGAAUUCCAAGUUUAGGAUGUUGCAAAGAAAUCUUGAUAGCAUUCUCGAUAGCAUUCUCCAUGACCGGGAGAUCAUGAGAAGAGAACAAUCCUUGAGAGGCAAGGAUGAUAGACUUGGAAGAGAAGACAUACUUGAUGUCCUCUUUAGACUCCGGGAGGGCAAUGAGCUUGGCUUGAAUCUGACGGCCAGGAAGAUCAAAGGCAUCAUUAUGGACUUAUUUGUUGCCGGGAGCAUCACUACCUCAACGCUUAUUGAAUGGGCAAUGUCAGAAUUAAUCCGAAAUCCGAAAGUGAUGGCCAAGGCACAAGCUGAGGUGAGAGAAGUCCUAAAAGAAAAGGGUUGCGUAGAAGAAUCAGACCUCAAUAAACUCAGGUACUUGUCUUCAAUCAUUAAAGAAUCUUUUAGGCUACACCCUCCAGUUCCUUUGAUUCCCAGAGAAGCAACUGAAGAACGUGAAAUCAACGGUUACAAAAUACCGGUGGGCUCAAGAAUCCUUACUAAUGUAAUGGCGAUAGGAAGAGAUCCACGUCAUUGGCCAGAUCCUGAGAAGUUUGAACCGGAGAGGUUUCUCGAAUCGCCGAUGGAUGUUAUAGGGACAAACUUCGAGCUUCUCCCAUUUGGAUCCGGAAGGAGGGCAUGUCCUGGCAUUGCGUUAGCCAAUGCAAAUAUUGAAGUUAUACUAGCAUCAUUGCUAUAUCAUUUUGACUGGAAAUUGCCAAAUGGAGAAGCCAUGGAAAAACUUGACAUGACCGAAACCUUUGCAGGAACAGUCACGAGGAUGAACAGUUUAAAUGUGAUUGCCAUUCCCUAUGUUCCAACUGUUGCAGCUUGAAAAGAAUAUGUUGCAUUAAAGAAAGCAGUGUGAAGUUACAUGCCCAUGUAAACGUUGUAUGCGGCCACGUGAGUUUUCUUUUGGUCAUUUUCCUUGUCGGUGCAACUUCUAUGCUUAUGUAAACGUUGUAUACAGCCAUGUGAGAUUUCUUUUG